AUGUAUCUUAUGUCCACUGCUCGCGCAUCAACUUCGGGGGGAGCUGUGACCGGGAAGGUUGGUGUCCAACAUACCACUUUGUCUCAGCACUAUUACCAUGUCGACAGACCUGAACUUGCAGGCCAUCCUGGCAUUCGCCAUCGAUGUUGCGUUAGAGGCUGGCAAAAUGAUCAAAGAUGGCCAAGCUAAGCGUUUCGCUGCUGGCGCUGGGAUGGAUGAGAAGGCAAACGCUGUAGACUUCGUGACGGAGGUGGACAAGGCAGUCGAGGCAUUUAUCACCGAGCGCAUUCAUUCGCAGUACCCAGAGUUCAAAUUCAUUGGCGAAGAAACAUACGAUGGCCAGCAGAUCACGGAUGAGCCGACCUGGAUCGUCGACCCCAUCGAUGGGACAACCAAUUUUAUUCACGGAUAUCCCAUGGUUGCAACUUCCAUCGGUCUCGCCGUCAAAGGCAUACCUGUUCUUGGAGUUGUCUACAAUCCAUUCACCGACUACUUGUACUCUGCCGCCAAAGGUCAUGGUGCAUACCUCAAUCGAACGACCAAGUUACCAUUCACAGGGCGACCAAUGCCGCUCGAGUCACUGAGUCAAGCACUGAUCGGCGUCGAGUACGGUUCCAAGCGUGAAGAACCGAGCAUGAGCCGCAAGAGCAAGGUAUUUCACACGCUGGCCGCUCAUCCCAGCUUGGGAGGAAAGCACUGUCACUCGAUGAGACUGUGCGGUAGUGCCGCUUUGAACGGUUGUCUCGUGGCUACCGGAGGACUGGACAUUUACUGGGAGAUCGGAUGUUGGCCAUGGGACGUUUGUGCCGCCUCGUGUAUCAUUACAGAGGCCGGUGGAGCCAUCUUUGGUUCAAAAGACAAGAUGGAUUCUUGGAAUGGCGAGGCAAAUGCAGAGUUUAUGAUGGAGAGAAAGUAUCUCUUUGUCCGGGCAAUCUCUGCGGCAGAGGGAGAAUCUGCAUUUGAAGCUCAGAAGAAGAUUGCGAAUGAGCUCCUGGAUAUCGUGGAGGAGUGGGACCCUUGAAACGGCAGAGACCAAGGCUCAUGAGUAACGGCUUCAUUGUAGAAUGCGCGUAUGAGUUAUGUACAGUACCCUCCG